UCCAACAUUUUCUGCGAAGAGAGCGCUUCGAUGCGACAUUUCUCUAAAAUACAGUUUUAAAUGGUUUUGAUCUGCGACCGAUUGUAGGGGUUCAGGUUGCCCGCUGUUUCAUUCUGCUUGGGUGUCUCGUCCAAACGAACCUAAAGACCUUGAGUCGUUUGAACUGGUAUUGGGUGUGAAAUGCGGCUAGCUAGCUAACUAACUUAUGCAGUGCCUUCCAGCAGAAUUAUGGUUGGCCAAACAAGUCAUUUUGCUGUGGCGGCCGUGUCUACACAUGGACCGAGGUCUGCAUAAAUAAGGGACCGUUAAAUGGUGGAGUUAUCCACUAGUAACCAUCGAUCUAUUCAUCUUGAAGACUGAAAAAAGGUGUCCUUUGGAGGCUAGUCUGAGGUAGAACGGCUUCAUCCGGUGCAGUGGAUAAAUAUGAAGGUGCCAAACGGUAGUGCAAAAGUCAAGGGCAGGAGUUCUGGGGAGACCAGGAGGAUCAAGAAGAAAAAGCGACACUCCCAGAAUGCCACCCCAAUGAACUCUGACCCCAGCAACGCCAGCCCUGACACCGCCAUGGCCAAAAAGUACUACCAGUUAGCCAGCAGGGGGAAGCCUAGUCUGAAGAGACUAAAGGGCAGCGCUCGGCCAGUUUAUUCCGGCCACGGGCAGGUUGCUCUUCAGAGGGGCAAGGGGACUUUCAAGACGGGAGCUCCACCUCAGCCACACACCAACGGGGGCCCCGAAUUGGAGCUGGACAGCAGCUCGGAGGACUCGGAGCACUGGAGCUCGUAUGCGCGGUCCAUUCUGCAGAACGGCAUGGAGGGGUCUUCAGGUCAGGAGGUCUCCGCCGGCACCGUUCUCGGCGGGAAAGGGGAGGAGUCGCCGCCGUACCACGCCGAGCUGGACUGCGUCCACAACCGGGCCGUGCUGGUCUUGCAGCAAGGACAGACCCUGACGUUCCGGGGGAAAGCCCUACUGACCUGCCUGUAUGGGAGGGUGGAGGUGCUGGGUUUCACCAUCGAAGAGGGCCAGCAGCCGUACCCUGUCUUCUCCCCGCCAACGCACUGCCCCCUCACCGUCACUGCCAUGGUCAACUCCUUAAUCACCAGCAAGACCCGCAAAGAGCGCCGCCUGGAGGCCAAAGCCAUUGUGCGCAAGUACCUCUCCACAGAGCCGCGUAAGAGGCUGCAGAGCGCGGUGGACUCGGACUCCUGCCUGGUUCUGCUGGAGCCGCUCGACACCCCGCUGACCCGCUUCCUCACCAGCCUGCCAGAACACCGCGAACUGUUCGGGCUCAGUGCGAUGGAGCUCAAGAGCCAGUCGGUGGCCUUGGACUGCCCUCUCUCUGCGGUCGGCCUGAUCCCCCUGCAUGGCAGCAGUGAGGGUCUGGUGAUGUCACAGAGCUACAGGAACGCCCUCACUGGCCUGGUCCACGCCUGCGCAGAAGAGUCUGAUGGCUGCCCGGUCAUUUUGGUGUGUGGGGCUAAGAACACUGGGAAGUCCACUUUCAACCGUCACCUCAUCAACACACUGCUCAACCACACUGCCAGCGUGGAAUACCUGGAGUGUGACCUGGGUCAGACAGAGUUCACCCCACCAGGCUGCCUGUCGCUGUCCACCAUCACAGAGCCACUGCUGGGUGCCCCAUUCACCCACCUGAGCACCCCGGAGCGCAUGGUCUUUUUCGGAGAGACCUCGUGCGAGAGGGACCUGGACCGCUACCUGGAGUCGCUCAAGUUCCUGUGGCGCUCCUACAGUCGAGACACGCCCAUCAUCAUCAACACCAUGGGCUGGGUCAAAGGUUUCGGGUUCCAGCUGCUGGUGGACUUCGUACGGCUCUUCUCUGUCACCCACGUGGUGCAGCUCAGCUAUGGGGCCACCUACCAGUGCCCCGCCCUCACCCCCGCCUUCCUGAGGACCGCCCAAGGCUGGCAGACUCGCCCACAGGCCCCGCCCACAGGAGCAGGGGAGGACCUGGAGGAGCAGGUCAGCCCACAGAGUCACAUGCUGCUCAGCGUCCAAUCGGAAUUCCAGGGAGCGGGGGCCGUCAGCAACAUGAGGUACCACCGCAGCAACGUGCUCCGUGACCUCGCCCUGCUAGCCUACUUCAGCCAGCUGCAAUCGCCCGAUCCGGGCCCCGUCCGGCCCCUGCACUGCUUCACCCCCUACCAGGUGCCGCUGUCAGCAGUGGCCGUGCGGGUGACACACUGUGAGGUGGCCCCUGCCCACGUGCUGUACGCUGCCAAUGCCAGCCUGGUGGGGCUGUGCUGCCUGGGGGAGAAGGUGGCCGGCACAGGGGGGCCCGUCCUGCUCUCCCACACCCCCGUCUGCCAGUGUGUGGGCUUCGGUGUCCUGCGAGGAGUAGAUGUGGGGCGGGGUCUCUACUUCCUGGUGACCCCCGUGGCCCCCUCUGUCCUGCGGAAGGUCAACUGUCUGCUGCUGGGAGGGGUGACGCUUCCCCACACCCUCCUGAGAGCGCAGCCCGGAAUUGAAGGGGAGCAGCCCUACGUCACCAAGGAGUACAGCUUUGAGCUCACAGGGGCAGGGAAGAUGAGGGUCUUCAAGGGCCUGGUGAGAAGAGAGCACAUGGGCGGGGGUGGCCAUUAGACCCGCCCUCUCCACGGAGGGACACUGGGGUCGGCAUGGAGCAGCGGUCAGAGCCAGGACUCCUGUAGGGAGCAUCACCGGGGCCCCUGCAGACAGAAGGAAUGAGAAAAGCCAAAUGAAUGAACAAGACUGAAUGCUGGGAAAUGGGGGGCUAUGCUGUUAGUUUUUUUUUUUUUUAACGCAAAGGUCAGGACUUGUAUGGACAGGGUUUUCCCUUGGAGGCAAGCAGAGGAUCCAGACUCUUUCUUCUUUCUGUAUCGGGCCAGCUGGUACCAGAUAGUCAUGCCUGUCAGAAUGACACCCUUUGUUUAAAGAAUUCUGGUUUCCCUUGCAGGGAUUUUUAAAAUGGUGAAAAAUGGCUUAAAAUGGCAGCUGUGCCACACAUCUGCGGUUAAAAAAAAAUUGAAUUCCCAUUCACUAAAACCCAUCAAAGAAGCGCCUUCCGUCCAGUUUGACAUGCAAAUUGGUGAUUUGAUCUUACUUUUUUGGCAAAAGCAUUGAUGUCUGAAAAAUGUGCCAACAAUAAUCAGAAUAAUGUGUGAACAAAUUGGGUGUCCAGUAUACAGGAUUACUAAUGUUGGGCAAAUCUGCAUUUUGUUUCAGA